UUCCGGUCGGAUUGGUUAGUGCAGUUGUGAUUUUGAGAGCAAAUAAACUGUUUUGUAUUGCAAUGCUUAUACCAAGGAUUACAUUGUUAAUAGUUCUACUUUCACUGUUCAAAUUACCAUCGAUCAGGGCUGAUGAUUUUCCGUCUUUAAUCUCAGCAAAUGCCUCCAUCGCUGUCAUUUUGGAUCGGGAAUAUCUUGAUGAAAAGUACGAAGAAAUGCUGGAAGCAACAAAAAAGCUGUUCGAGCGAAUCUUGAGAGAUGAUUUCAAGAAUGGUGGUCUCAUUGUGAAAUAUUUUUCCUGGACCAGUAUCAACUUGAGAAGAGAUUUCACGGCAGUGCUUUCGGUGUCUAACUGUGAGAAUACCUGGGAUGUGUAUAAGAAUGCGGCUCGGGAGGAUCUGGUCAUUAUGGCAAUCACGGAUACAGAUUGUCCCCGGUUACCCUCCAAGAAUGCGUUUAUGAUUCCAAGAUCUAACUUUGCCCUGGGAAGUGACGAGCUGCCUCAAGUGAUUAUGGAUAUGAAGACGAAGAAUGCCUUUGAUUGGAAAUCGGCAGUGCUGCUCUACGAUGAUAGUUUUGAUCGAGACAUUAUCGCCCGCAGCAUCCUGGCUCUUUCGAAAGAAUCGGAAGGCGCGAAGCCUUUAUCAGUGUCCCUAUUUCGAAUCGAAGCUCAUACGCACAUGUGGGAAAAACGGAAAGCUAUCCGGAAGGUACUUGUAGGGUUGCCAACAAACUUCAUCGGAAAUAACUUCAUAGCCAUCAUCACCAUGCACACCAUGGAACUGCUCAUGGAAAUAGCUAAGGAGCUGAAGAUGGUUCAUCCGCUGUCCCAAUGGCUUUAUGUCAUUUUGGAUACGACAGCCGAGAACAGCAACAUCACCGCGGUUCAUUCGAUCAUUUCCGAAGGCGAUAACAUCGCUUUCGUUUACAAUCUGAAAAAGGAAGCCCAUUCUUGUGAAUCACACAUUCUGUGCUACUCGGAGAACCUCAUAACAGCUCUUGUUCAAGGAUUAACCAAACUAAUCAGGGAAGAAAAAGCUGUCUAUGGGCAGAUCGCUGACGAGGAAUGGGAAGCAAUUCGAAUGACGAAGGCUGAGCGGAAGACUGAAAUUUUAAAAAUAAUGAGAGAAAACUUGGGGGACAAAGACAACUGCAACGAAUGCUCCCGAUGGAAAGUCCAAGCCGGAGAAACUUGGGGUUACAGCUUUCAGAUUCCCACAGAGGAUAUCAUAUCUUCAACCCAACUUACUCGAAAGAAGACCGUCGAGUUGCAGGAUGUGGGUUUCUGGACUCCUCAGGAUGGUUUCAUAAUGACGGAUGUGUUGUUUCCUCAUGUUUCUCAAGGAUUCCGAGGAACGCAUCUUCACUUUUACAGUUACCAUAAUCCACCGUGGCAGUUUGUAUCGUUGAAUGAAAGUGGGCACGCUCAUCUGACUCACGGUUUAGUGUUAGACAUUUUGGAAGAACUAUCAAAAAAAUUGAACUUCACUUACUCUAUCGUGAUUGCGCAACCCGCAGCGGAUGUUGUUGGAACAAACAUGACAGACGAUGUCAAUGGCACGAUGACCGGUGAUGUUCAUUCUGUGACAACGGAUAUUCCCUCAGAGAUUUUGAAAUCACUGAUUGAUAACAAGAUUCUUUUAGCGGCAGUUGGGGCCACAGUUAGUCCCAAGCAGAAAAAGUACAUAAACUUUACGGUUCCAAUCAGCAUACAGUCCUACAGCUUCAUAGUAUCCCGACCAAAGGAGUUGAGUCGAGUGUUCUUGUUUUUGUCACCGUUUACACUAGACGUAAGUUUCUCAAAUCCAAUAUUAAAAUAUUUAUGUGGCCUUCUUAGGCGAAAUGAAUGGAGAAAAUGA